UGACUCCGCCUUUGCUCCGCCCCCGCGACUGAAACCCCGCCUUCGCCCCGCCUCCGCCGCACUUUACGGCCUCGCACGCCACUUUUGCUGCAGGCGCUCCUGCUGCUGCCGCUGCUCCGGGCUGCUGCCGGUGAAGUGAGCUCCGGUCCCGUCUGCGCUGCCGCAGGGAGGCCGCCCCGGCCCGGCGAGCCGAACCAAUGCUGGAUCUGGAGGUGGUGCCCGAGCGCUCUCUGGGAAACGAGCAAUGGGAAUUCGCGCUGGGAAUGCCUUUGGCUCAGGCGGUGGCCAUUCUUCAGAAGCACUGUCGCAUCAUAAAAAAUGUUCAGGUUCUCUACAGUGAACAGUCUCCUCUAAGCCAUGACCUCAUCCUUAACCUGACUCAGGACGGGAUCAAACUACUGUUUGAUGCUUUCAAUCAGAGACUUAAGGUGAUUGAAGUAUAUGACUUGACUAAAGUAAAGUUAAAAUACUGUGGCGUGCAUUUCAAUUCUCAAGCCAUAGCUCCCACCAUUGAGCAGAUUGACCAGUCUUUUGGUGCAACCCAUCCUGGAGUGUACAACUCUGCUGAGCAGCUCUUCCACCUCAACUUCAGAGGAUUGUCUUUCUCUUUUCAGCUAGAUUCCUGGACCGAGGCUCCCAAGUAUGAGCCCAAUUUUGCGCAUGGUCUGGCUUCUCUUCAGAUACCCCACGGAGCAACUGUGAAACGAAUGUAUAUCUACAGUGGGAACAGCCUACAGGAUACCAAGGCGCCCGUGAUGCCCCUGAGCUGUUUCCUGGGCAACGUGUAUGCUGAGAGUGUGGAUGUUCUCCGGGAUGGAACUGGACCCUCAGGUUUACGACUCCGCCUCCUUGCCGCAGGUUGUGGACCUGGCCUGCUAGCAGAUGCCAAGAUGCGGGUAUUUGAACGCUCAGUGUAUUUUGGUGAUUCCUGUCAAGAUGUUCUUAGCAUGCUUGGCUCUCCACACAAGGUCUUCUACAAGUCAGAAGAUAAGAUGAAGAUUCAUUCUCCUUCUCCUCAUAAGCAAGUUCCAUCCAAGUGCAAUGACUACUUUUUUAACUACUUCACUCUCGGAGUGGACAUUCUCUUUGAUGCGAAUACACACAAAGUGAAGAAGUUUGUCCUACAUACCAAUUACCCUGGACAUUAUAAUUUUAAUAUUUAUCACCGCUGUGAGUUCAAGAUCCCCCUAACCGUAAAGAGAGAGAACACAGAGGGUCAGACAGAAACAUGCACAACCUACAGCAAGUGGGACAACAUCCAGGAGCUCCUGGGACACCCUGUGGAGAAGCCUGUGGUCCUGCACAGGUCCUCAUCCCCAAACAACACCAACCCUUUUGGCUCCACAUUCUGCUUUGGUCUUCAGCGGAUGAUCUUUGAGGUCAUGCAGAACAACCACAUUGCCUCGGUGACCCUUUAUGGCCCCCCCAGACCUGGUGCCCACCUGAGAACCACGGAGCUCCCCUAGGAACGUCAUGACCCUUGCCCCUCUGCCCCGUGGAACUGUGCAUUGCAUCCUGUUCAGUGGGCCACCCCGUGGGUUUUCUUGGACAUCUUGCCAGUGUGGAAGGGCUGUUGUGUUUUGAGGUGGGGCUCAGGCUGGGCACUCUGCCAUGGGGUGAGAGGCCCAGAUAUUCCUCAGUCGGUUCUCAGCCUGCUGGUGCCAACAGGGGACACAGACUGCAAAGAGAAGCACAAACUCUGAGCCUUGAUACCUGGAGCCAGGAGCUCUCAACUAACAUGUAAGGAGACAGGGUUCUGUCUCCCUGUCCCACACACAUUGGGAAAACUUGGGACUUUUCUAUGGCUGAGAACACAGGCACCCAGACAAGGACACGGUCCUGCCUUUGGCCCAACAUUGCCACAUGACCUUUAAGGCAAGCAGGUAGCCUGUCCAUAGUACUUGGUUGCGACUUUUGCACUACAUCCACUUUAGUUACUUGAUGAGCUGGCUGUGGCCAAGGUGGCCCACCUGCCCUUCCCUGUUUCUUUCUUGCACGCGCUCCCUGCCAAGCCCAGUAGGCACACCCAAGUGGUUGAAACACAACUUUCUACCAUCAAGGUAUGUGCCCAGGCCUGGCUGUACCCGUCUUGGAGCAAGCCUUCAAGGUCACCUGUUCCCCUGCUUUGCCCCAACGUUGCUGGUGGGGCUGCAUGUUUCCAUUCUGUUUGCCUGUUUUAUUUAAUGCCAAAGUUUUAGCCAAAGACAUCUUGCUCCUUUUUUGUGUGUUUCAGUAUUCUGUUCUGCACUGUGGGCUUGGCUCUCCUGCCCUGACUCUGGGCAGUGUCCCCUGGCUGGGCCCUUUCACACGGCUCAAGGCCUCUGGGGCUUGUGGAGGGCUGGGCUGCUCCCUCUUCAUGGGACUUGCUAAGGAAAGAAGCAUAUGUGCUUUAAAAAUAUUAAUCCUUUUGAAAAGAAUUGAGAAGAGAAAUGUAUAAUUUUAUCCCAUUUUUAAUAUUUUGGUCUAGCAACUUGUGAUACAUAGAUGACAAUUUUGUGAGGUUUUUCAAAUGUGUGUACAUAUUUUUGUAAAUACGACUCUUUUGUAAUUAAUUCAUGUACAGCCUCAUCCUGUAUAGUUUAACAAUGAAUGUGCGGGGGACCAGCCCCAGGCUCUUAUGUGACGUUCCCAUGACUUCGUGACUGAUUAGUGUCUUCCCGUGUGGAUGGUGGCCUGGCCAGAGACCCCCACACAUCCCACUGUGGGGCAGCCAGGACUCUUCCCAUCCUCCUAGAAUGGGGGAAUCUUCCUCAUGCCCUACCCAUACCCCUCCUCCAAUAAAGACCUGUGCCCUCAGCAACAGCUCCCCAUGUGCUGAUGCUGGGAUGUUUGUACUAAAUAA